AUGUCGUCCCUCACUGUUCUUUGUGUCUCCCCUCGCCCCGUGCAGGACUUCCCCAUCCUGUGCCAGACAUGCCUGGGAGAGAACCCCUACAUCCGCAUGACCAAAGAGAAAUAUGGAAAAGAAUGCAAGAUUUGUGCCAGGCCUUUCACGGUGUUUCGCUGGUGCCCUGGUGUCCGUAUGCGCUUUAAGAAGACAGAAGUAUGUCAGACAUGCAGCAAGCUCAAGAAUGUCUGUCAGACCUGUCUGCUUGACCUGGAAUAUGGUUUGCCGAUUCAAGUCCGGGAUGCAGGACUCUCCCUUAAGGAUGAAAUGCCUAAAUCUGACGUCAAUAAAGAGUACUACACCCAGAACAUGGAAAGAGAGAUAGCCAACUCUGAUGGCACCAGACCAGUUGGUGCACUAGGCAAAGCUACUUCCACAAGCGACAUGCUGCUAAAGCUGGCCCGGACCACCCCUUACUAUAAACGGAAUCGCCCCCAUAUCUGUUCCUUCUGGGUGAAAGGAGAAUGCAAGAGAGGGGAGGAGUGUCCCUACAGACACGAGAAGCCUACAGAUCCAGAUGAUCCUCUGGCGGAUCAGAACAUCAAAGAUCGUUACUAUGGCAUUAAUGACCCCGUGGCUGAUAAACUUCUGAAGCGAGCGUCAACCAUGCCUCGUCUGGACCCCCCUGACGACAAGACUAUUACUACCCUGUAUGUUGGAGGCCUUGGAGAUACUAUCUCUGAAGCAGAUCUCAGAAAUCACUUCUACCAGUUUGGGGAGAUCCGGACAGUAACUGUAGUCCAGAGGCAGCAGUGUGCUUUCAUCCAGUUUGCCACCCGGCAGGCUGCAGAAGUGGCUGCUGAGAAAUCCUUCAACAAACUCAUUGUCAACGGUCGCAGGCUCAAUGUCAAGUGGGGCCGGUCCCAGGCAGCAAGAGGAAAAGAAAAGGACAAGGAAGGAACUACAGAGUCUGGGAUAAAGCUGGAGCCGGUUCCAGGGCUCCCUGGAGCUCUCCCGCCGCCUCCAGCUGCCGAGGAAGAGGCUUCUGCAAAUUACUUCAACCUACCUCCGAGCGGCCCUCCGGCCGUGGUUAACAUCGCCCUGCCGCCGCCUCCUGGCAUUGCUCCACCACCACCUCCAGGUUUUGGACCACACAUGUUCCAUGCCAUGGGCCCCCCCCCACCCUUCAUGAGAGCACCGGGCCCCAUCCACUACCCCUCUCAAGACCCGCAGAGGAUGGGUGCCCACGCGGGGAAGCACAGCAGCCCCUAGCACAUCUUGCCACUGCCACCCUUUGAGUAAAUGUUCUUUUCUAGUUUCCAUAGUAGCGCCAUACGUUGAGCUGUGGGCGAAGCCUCCUUCCCUGCUUGCAGACCCUGGGCGAGCUGAGCUCUGCGUUGCCGCUGGCUGAUCGGAUCAUUGGUGUGUCCCGAAUCUUUCACGUAGUGUUGGGAGGGUGGGGGGUAGGGCGGGGGGCAGGCGGAAGGGCUCUCGAGCAGGUCGUGGAUCAGUUGUGCUAGGAUGACAGCGUUGUCAGUGUAUCCCAUUUUGCACAUUUUUGAAAUAAACAUCUGGAAAAAGAAAAGCAACCCCUCUUCUAGCCAUUGAUAUACUCAGGCUGAGCCCCGUGGAAUAGAUAAACAUAAUAAGAGACUGUUCUCUCUGUUUAGUAACUAGUGACUUACUAUUCUAAUGAAAUACUACAUCUUGUAACCUUAGACUAGAGAGAGAGAGGUGAAAAAUGAGCAGAUCAGACAUGCCAAAUCCAUGGCUUUGCCUUACUAUUACUCUAGAAUUUGACUCCUGCUUUUUGCUGACCUUUUUUUGCUGAAAGAAACAUUUUGGUGCUUCACUUCUAACCCUGCAUUUCCUGGGCAAGGUAUUAGGUCAUGCAAAUAGUGCUCUGCUAGUGAUGGUGCAACCUGGAGGGACAGGUUAACAGCCACUAAUUUUAACCUUAUGAAGGGCCUCCCUCCACAGCCCGCAGAGAAGGGGGUUGUGUUGCUCACAGCUGCAGGGGCAGACCAGAGGAGCUGCAAGUUUGUCCAGUUUGUAUUUGGAGGUUGAUUAGGGCUUUCAGGGCCUUUGGAUGGAGUCCCCUCUUAAGAGAUCUGACGUUCUGGGGGGCUUUGGGUACGUGUGAAGCUCUUCUUUCUCUGGCUUUGGCUGUAGUGUUUGCUCAGGAGCACCUGUGUCCUGCAUGGAGCCUGCAUAGAGUCUGCAGUUGAGUGGGGUGUUUGGGCGGGAGGAUUUUAAGAUUAUCUAUGUCUUCUGCUUUCAUGUAACUGAUCUGUGGAUAUCUCUCUGUAAAGCAAAACAUGACGGGACCUGUUCUGAAUCAUCAUUUACUUGUUUUUUU